AUGGCUUCAUCAAAAAUGUUUUGGCUGACUCUUGCCCUAAUUUGUAUGUUAGGAGCAGUUUCAGCGGACUAUCACCCUGUAAAUGAACAGCUUGUUCAGGAGAUUAAGGAGACAGCUACCUGGACUCCCAUGGAGGUUGAUGAGAACCCUUUCGCUCAUUGGUCUCUGGAAGAAAUCAAAGCUCUGAUGGGUACUAAUUUAGAAGAUGACCUUGACUCUUUCGAAGCUGGAGAAAUUGAAAUUUACCAAGGAGAAGAUCUUGAAGAUUAUCCAGAAAGUUUCGAUGGAAGAAGAGAAUUUGGAUCAGCCAUUAAACCAAUCAGGAACCAACAGAAAUGUGGAUCAUGUUGGGCAUUCGGAGCUGUUACUGCUUUCUCUGAUAGAUACAAUAUUGCCACAGGAAAUGCAGAACAGAAAAUCUUUUCUCCACAAGAUAUGGUCUCUUGCAGUCAACAAAACAGAGCUUGUGCUGGAGGAUUCGUUCCUAAAGCUUGGAACUACAUCAAAGUUAAAGGAGUUGUAGAUGACGAUUGUCACCCAUACACAUCCGGAGAAACUAAAAAGAGAGGUUCCUGCCUCAAAAAGUGUGUUGACGGAUCAGCCAUGAAGAGAUACAAAUGAGGACAACUACAUCAUGCAGGGAGCACUAAAGGAGCCAGAGGCAUGAUCCAGAAAGGCCCAGUCGAAGGAGCCUUCACUGUCUAUGACGACUUUAUGAGUUAUGGUGGUGGAAUCUACCAACAUAAAUCUGGAAAAAUGUUGGGUGGCCACGCUAUCAAGAUCAUUGGUUGGGGUAAAGAAGGAGACCUCUACUAUUGGCUUUGUGCCAAUUCCUGGGGACCAGCCUGGGGAGAAAACGGAUACUUUAGAAUCCAGAUGGGACAGGUCGGAAUCAACAACAAGAUUUACGCUGCUAAUCCUAUCAUCAAGAGUUUGGAGGAAGAACUUAAAGAAUCGACCAAUGUUGUAUCAGAAUAG